AUGUCGGCGCCCACAAAGAGCGCUGGCGAGGGCCAGUUCAGGACCUUCGACGGACAUCCAGCAUUCAUCAGAUACUCAGCAACGAUGGCGGCUCCUCAGUAUGUCCCAGAUCUACAAGAAACACCGCUCAAGACGGUCCAGCUUGAAUCGCUGGUCGUCAUGAAGGUCAUCAAGCACUGCGCAACUCGUUUCCCAACCGUCGCCACGGGUAGUCUUGUCGGUAUGGACGUCAACGGCACCCUCGAGGUCACCAACUCUUUCCCUUUCCCGGUCGUCGAUCUUCCUGCGGAGGCGCAAUAUGAACAACAGCACUUCAACAGCGCAGCUGCCGCUCCACGAGCCAAGUCAAACACCGCCUACCAGGCCGAAAUGAUCAGAAUGCUUCGCGAGGUCAAUGUUGACGCAAACAAUGUUGGAUGGUACACCAGCGCGAACUUGGGCAAUUUUGUCAACGCCAAUUUCAUCGAGAAUCAAUACCACUACCAGAAAGAGUUGAACGAGAAGACUGUCGCGCUUGUCCAUGAUGUGAGCCGCAGCUCGCAAGGUCUCCUCAGCAUUCGCGCCUUCAGACUCUCUUCUCAAUUCAUGGCCGCCUACAAGGAAAACAACUUCACCACCGAGAAGCUUCUCAAGUCCGGUCUCAAGUACACUGACAUCCUGGUCGAACUUCCCGUCACUGUCCACAACAACCACCUGGUCACUACCUUCCUCCACCAGAUUCCCAAGCUUCUCGCAUCCGGCGUCAUGAGGCCACCAACCUCUGUCGACGAAAUCGAGAGCAACCCGAUUGUCAAGAACGACACCCUCGCUCCCAGCUUCGAGAGUCUUUCGAUUAAUAUUGACCCCUAUCUUUCGCAAACUGCCGACAAUCUCCUCGACUCGAUCGAGACUCACCAUGUCGAAGCCAACAACUUCUCGUACUAUCAACGUGCCCUGGCCAGAGAGCAGGCUAAGAUUCAGCAGUGGCAAGCUAAGCGCAAGGCCGAGAAUGCUGCAAGAGCUCUCUCGAAGCAGCCACCGUUGCCGGAGGAUGAGUGGCAGAGACUGUUCAAGCUGCCUACUGAACCAAGUCGCUUGGAGAGCAUGCUGAACAGCAGACAAGCCGAGCAAUACGCCCGCCAGGUUGAUGGAUUCGUUGCUGGAACGACUGGAAAGAUGUUCGCCGUCAGAGGAAACUUGCUGCCAAAUGAGGGCAAGGAGGAGUGA